AUCACCUCGCUAUUCACCACAACAGCGUAAUUCGACAUGUCUGGCCUUCCAAGACCAGGCGCACCGGCGGCGGUGAAGCGGACGACCUCCUCUAUGCGCCCGCCAGCAUCGCGCCAGGCAGCCGCAAACCCCCUCAUGCGCGGCCGAUCUGCCACCCCCAUGCUGGACGGACGCACUUCUCGAGCAGAAUCAGUCGCGUCGACUAGGACAAGAGGCACACCACGCUCGUCGCCACUCAAGAGGAAAGCAGUCGAUUUCGAAGAUGCUGGUUAUGAGACAAACAUCAAUGUUGUCGUUCGGUGUCGCGGGCGCAACGAUCGCGAGGUGCGCGAGAAUAGCGGCGUUGUUGUCACAACCAACGGCAUCAAAGGCAACACAAUCGAUCUCUCCAUGGGUCCGAGUGCUCUAAGCAAUAAGACGUACCAAUUCGACAAGGUCUUCUCGCCUGCUGCGGACCAGGGUAUGAUUUUCGACGACGUCGUCGCACCCAUCAUCGACGAGGUUCUCGAUGGAUUUAAUUGCACAAUCUUCGCAUACGGUCAGACCGGUACUGGAAAGACAUACACAAUGACUGGUGACAUCUCCGACGUUCUCCCCCCUCCCGACGCCGCCGGUAUCGUUCCUCGUGUACUCUACGCGCUGUUCGACAAACUCAGCCAAGAGGAGACAGAAAACUCGGUGAAGUGCUCAUUCAUCGAACUGUACAACGAAGAGCUGCGUGAUCUUUGCGCUGGAGACGACGCUGUGAAGCUGAAGAUCUUUGAUGACAACAGCAAGAAGGGGCAAACAACAACAAUGGUCCAGGGUAUGGAAGAAUGCCAUCUGAAGACAGCCCGAGAGGGAAUUCAACUCCUGCGCGCCGGCUCCCACAAGCGCCAGGUGGCAUCCACGAAGUGCAACGACCUCAGUUCUCGAUCGCACACAGUCUUCACCAUCACAGUGUACAUCAAGCGCACAGCAGAAGAUGGACAAGAGUACCUGAGCGCGGGAAAGCUCAACCUUGUUGACCUUGCUGGUAGUGAGAACAUUCAGCGCAGUGGUGCAGAGAACAAGCGCGCCGCUGAAGCUGGUCUGAUCAACAAGAGUCUGCUUACUCUAGGCCGCGUUAUUAACGCGCUUGUCGAACGCAGCUCUCACAUUCCUUACCGCGAAUCGAAACUCACGCGACUCCUACAAGACUCGCUCGGUGGACGAACAAAAACAUGCAUUAUCGCAACUCUUUCGCCAGCAAAGAGUAAUCUCGAGGAGACAAUUUCCACACUCGACUAUGCUUUCCGCGCGAAGAACAUUCGAAACAAGCCUCAAGUCAACCAGGCUAUCAAUAAGAAGACUCUCCUUAGGGAAUUCACAGCUGAGAUUGAAAAGUUGAAGGGCGAACUCAUCGCCACACGGCAGCGCAAUGGUGUCUACCUGACCCAAGACAGCUACGAAGAGAUGACAACUAUCAGCGAGUCGCGACGCAUUCUCAGCGAGGAACAACGCGAGCGGCUCGAAACCAUGGAAGUAAACCUCCGCAAUAGGGUAGAGGAGUUGUUCAAGAUCACAACGAGCUUUCAAACACUUAAGAAGGACAACGAGCAGACUCAGUUGGCUUUGGAAGGCACAAAAGGCAUAUUGGAGAAGACCGAGAUCGUUUUGGACCACACACGGCAGAACCUGGCCGAAGAAGAGGAGCUGCGAAAAGCACACGCCAAAACCGAGGGCGAGCUUGCGGAGAUUGGGUACGGUAUGAUUUCAACGCUUGGCAAAACCACCUCAGAUCUGGAUGGACUACGAUCGAAGAUUCGUCGAAAGUCAGAACUGCAAUCGCAGAACCGUCGCAACUGGGCGACAUCACAGAACAACGUUCGUGACACUACUCGCCUUGUUGAAGACCGGAUCGAGGAAUUUCAGCAACAGCAGGGACAAAUCAUGGAACUCCUAUCGGCGCGUAUGCAGGACUUCGUUCGUGAUGAGCUUGAAAAGCUUGGUGCAUCGCAGUCGUUUCUGCAGGAGAAGAUGCAAACAUACCAGGCCUCAGAGCAGGAAGUAAACCAGCAGACCGCGAAGACUCGCGAUGACAUGAACGACGUGCUCGAGGAGAUCAAGACCCUGCGGGAGAACGUAAAGACCAAGAUCGGCUCUGGACUUGACGAGCUCUCAUCUGCAGCGGAGCAGAUCUCAGCUAACAUCAUCACCGAGCUUGAUGGCUUCAGAGAUGAGCUGCAUCAAUCAUAUGCAAACUUGGGGCGUGAGUUCAAGGCCACAUUCGACAGCCUUGUCAAGAGCCUCAACGCACAACAGGCAGAGAACGAAGUCUUGCAUGCGCAGGUCCUCGAGGCAAACUCCGCUCUACUCACAGCGAAUACCCACACUCAAACCCGACUGGCGCACGUGGUUGAUGAGGAGAAGCAGAAGUCUGCUGAGGAGCGCCAGCAACUGCUACAGCAAAUCACCGCUCUCAUUGGAGCUAAUGCCGAUGCUCAGGACCAGCGCAUGAACGAGAAACUUGCCAGCGUCGGCGCCGAGUUAGGAGCCGCGAACACUGCCUACGAGACACAGCAGGCCGCAUAUACUUCAGGUGUGGAAGCUUGGAACGACCAGUCCAGGAGCAUCGUGGCCGGCGUCGCAUCAUCAAGAGAUGCCAUGAAGUCAAGGCUUCGGAGCGAUUACGAGAUGGCGACACAGCAUUCAGAUCUGCUGAAGGAUACUACCACUUCUGUGCACGCAAGUACAGUAAAGACGGUAGAAGCCCAGAUGUCACAUCUCGACACACAACUCCACUCACUCGACGACAUCGUCUUACGAGUUCGCGAGCAAAACAACGUUCAUCACACCGCGCAUACUGCUUCGCUCGCUACACUGUCGUCUACUGUACAGUCUUCGUACUCCAGUAUUGGCGAACACCUUUCGACUUCCUUUGAGCGCGUUCAAUCUCUCGAAGCCGACGUGUCUGCGCAACAGAGCACCCUUAGGGAGACUCUGUCAUCCUUGUCUGCUGAUGCCACGAUCCGCGCACCUCUCCACGAGCUUCGCGAGGUCGUCGGUGCACAGAACCUCGUCGAGUACGACCCCACUGGUCAAACACCUCAGCGCGUCAACUACCACAUCCCCUCCACGCUCCCUCGAACCGAAGAUCACGAGUCGAUCCUCUCGCGUCUUCGCGACCGACCGACCUCCUCAGACGACGUCACCCGCAGCCCAACUAAGCAGCCCGUAUUCAUUGAUGCCACCGCUUCCGCCGAGUCCACUGCCGAGCUGUUCCUACCCACAAAACCUGACUUCACGCGCUCUGUCAGUGCGAACGCCCAGAACCACACAGCUCCUAUCUCCCUCCGCGAAUUGGACGUUAACAUCGUCGCGCAGGAGUCUGCGCACACACAACCUCUACCGCUUGGCUCGAGAUCCAGCGAUUCAGCCAUCCUGGCCGGACCACCAAACAAGAAGCUCAAGGGUAGCGACGAGGGGAGUAAGCUGCCGAUGAAAAAGAUGAUGCGGAAGACUGUUGGCGGUGGUAUCGGGAAGGAGGAGAGAGAAAACCUGAGUAUUACUAAUUUCGCGAGCUCGAUUGGGCCAGGGCAGACUGCAGGGAGGAAGCUGCGAAGUCACGGCAGUAGCUAGUUCACUUGUAUUUGGCUUUUGGCAAAACUGUUUCGUUGCGGUCCGGCGUUUCUUGGAACAUUGGGAAUUGGGGGGUUGGGGACUGGCGUUUGGGACAGUAGAUGCGUGUGCACUUCACAGUGCUGGUCGAGUGCUUGCGCUCCCUCUCUGCAUUCUUUUGGCGUAGGCGUACUCCCUUCAAUGGACAGAUUCAUCCUCUUCAACCGUGGUCCAGGCAUGUGAGUGACAACGGCAGCAAAAUUCAAAUCUUCGAGCGUUCGAGCGUUCAAGCUCUACGCAAUUGCUAUGGGUGACACUAGGUGAGCUUGCAGGUCACAACGCCCUUUCCUCAACUGCGCGACAGCAGUUGGGUUCUUUGGCAAGCGCGAGCGUCACGUACAAGGCACCGAGUCCCCAGCAGCGGCAGCGUGCAAGAGGGACGUUGCGACAAGGCAGCAGUUCAGGCGCACGCACUAUAGUCCAGCUGCAAGCGUAGCGUACACCGACUCCAGGC